GUUAUGGCGGGAAUACGAUACCCUAAACUAUAACAGUUAUUUUGGCGCGAGAUCAGACUUGUACUGACAUCGAGUGGCGGAAUGCCGAAGUGCCCUGUUUUGGAGCAAUUUCGAGUUUUCCACUUUCCCAUAGGGCGCUGGUAUAGAUUGAAAAUUCCAGUUUUGGACAAGUAAAUUGAGGGUAUUUACGUUUUUAGCGCGGUCCAAUUACAUUUUUACUUGACAAUGUUUAAGAUAAAAUAAGGCAAUUACAAAUAUAACUUUUUAAGAUGCAGUUGAUUUGAAAUACAAUUAAAUUUAGCGUCCUCUAAAUCUUCGGUGCAGUAUAACGGAGCAAUCUAUGUAAAAAGGCUUAAGUACCGCCAACUUACGACGCGUAAACUUCUUCAAAUCGGAACUAUUGCUGCCAACCGUCAUCUGAGAGUUUUUGUGACAUAAACAGAAAACUUUCAUUUCUCUUUACAAAUACUUAUUUGCUUCGGCUCUGGUUUUAUAUUAUUUAUGGAUCUUCCGUAAUAUUGUUCCCUGAGAAUAAAACUUCGAUAUUUUAAGUAAAGAAAGAGAAGUAAAAUGGCUCGUUAUUUCCGUGAAGAAGAUAUCGAUGAAUUCAGAGAGUGCUUCUACUUAUAUGCUAGGAGUGGACAAAUCCGUACACUAGAUGAAUUGACUAUUAUCAUGCGAUCGCUGGGACUCAGCCCAACGAUAGCAGAAUUGAACAAGUAUUUGAAAGAUAAAGGAGGAAAAAUGUCAUUUGCUGAUUUUUUGGAAGCAAUGCAUCUUCAAACAAGGGCAGAGGAUUUACCAAAGGAAGUGAUAGAGGCUUUCAGAGCAGCUGAUACCUCUAGGACAGGAACUAUACCCGCCAGACAGCUGGCACAUAUGCUUCUGAGAUGGGGGGAACAAUUGAGCAAUAAAGAAGUGGAGCAAAUUUUUAGAGAAGCCAAUGUUUCCCUCAACGGUCAAGUAAAGUACGAAGACUUUGUUAAGAUUGCUUGUGCACCAGUACCUGAUUAUUAUUAAUCAACAGUGGGAACUGACUAGCCUAAUUUAAUAUAAAUCUAUUCCAUCUUUGAAAAAGAAAUUGGUAGACAAAAUUUAUAUACUUAAUAUAUAGUUAUAUUUUAUACUUAAUUUUAUAAUCAUUAUUCUAUGUGAGUGUCGUAUAUGACACACAAUUUAAAUGAUGUCGGCAAUAAAGGGACCAAAUAUUUUAGUAAUAUUUCUAA